CUGUGCUUCAUUAUCGUGUUGUGAUUUUAUUAGUUUUCUCCUUUUUUCGCAUUAACACAAGAAAUUUUAAAUCAGCAAAAUGAAAGUUGUUUUGUGCCUGUUCGCCUGCCUUGCUUAUGCCGCAGCAUUCCCUCAUCCACAAGGGCAAGAUUUCAAUAAUGAAGCCAUUAGACAAGCACAACAAUCUCACUUAAUUCCACACAAUGCCAUCAUUCAUGGUGUUGAGAAAAGUGUCCCAUUAGCUGCCUAUGAAAAUAUUCCAGUUGGACAACGCGUCGAUUUAUUCAUGAUUUUGGGUGAUCAAAUUCCAAGAGAGGUAGCUGAGAAUCUUCAAGAGCAGAUCGACAGACUUCCAAACUAAAAUUUUCUUUUAAGUCAGCAUAAUAAAAAUCAUGAGAAAAUUGUUUUUGCCAGUUUUCGACAAAUCAGACACACAGAGGUUGUAAUUAAGUAAAAGAAAUCAUGUUAUAAGUUAAGAUCGUUGUGCCAAACUUAUUUUUUUCCUUAAAUUAAUUUCGACAAAAG